AUGGGUUAUGGUAACAAUAUGGAAGAAAAACUUCUCCAGAAGAAUUACAUGUUUAAUGUUCCCUCUGAAUUUGCAAUGAAGGUUUUAUGUGAUCUUCAUUACUUCUUGGGUGUAAAAGAAGCUAGGGAAUCUGAUUCUCUAGUCUUGACCCAGAAAAAAAUAUGUUCUAAGUUACUUGAUAAUGAUAAUAUACUGGAAUGUAAGCCUUGUGAUACAUCGAUAGUUAAAACUGAUCAAGAGAUUCUAUUCAUGAUGGGUAUAAUUAGUUCGUGUAUUACUUUAAGUGAUGUUGAUAUUAAUUCUAUAGAAGCUCAUUUAGAUUCUGAUUGGGCUGGUUGCCAUGAUACAAGAAGGUCUACUUCUUGUGAAGCUGAAUACAAGUGUUUGUCUUCUGCAGCUUCAGAACUUCGGUGA